AUGGCUGCUGCGCUGCCGCUCUAUCAGGACAAGUUUGUGGAGAUCUUUGACGACCACCUGCGCAUCAAGUCCUACUACUUCCCCUUCGGAAAGGCGAAAGUCAUCAACAUCCCUUCCGUGUCUGGAGCUGUCAGCUUCAGCACCGAUCGGGAUCUCGACUUCAGCUUGUGGGAUUGGAAAGUCUGGGGCAUGGCGCUGAACAACGUUUGGUGGGCCCCCGACUGGCAACGGUGUUCCCUGAGUGGAAACAGGAACCUGGGUAUCGUGAUUACCGUCGAGCACGAGCGAUUCCGCAAAGGCUUCAGUGUCGAAGAUGCCACAGCGGCACUGAAAGUCCUUGAAGAGCUGCUGCCCAGGACGGAGCACCAGCGACCGGCAUAG